CAACGCCCUUCCAUCUACUCCCUUAUCAGUUACGCCUUCCGUACAUAUACAGCGUUAGCGGGAUCUUUUUUGAGUUAUUCCUGCUUUCUCUUCUGAGAGUGGAGAUAGUUUAGUGUUCAUCCGCACAUUUUGACACAAAGGGGAACAUCAAGUUGCUGUUUUCUCGCGGGGACGAGUCAUUUAACACUUUGCCAGAAUGCAUGUGCUUAAGCGAGAUGGACGCCAGGAGCGCGUCAUGUUCGAUAAAAUCACCUCCCGAAUCCAGAAGCUAUGCUACGGUCUGAACUCUGACUUUGUGGAUCCGACCCAGAUUACGAUGAAGGUGAUUCAGGGUUUGUACAGCGGCGUCACCACCGUGGAGCUCGACACGCUGGCCGCUGAGAUCACCGCCACUCUCACAACCAAACACCCCGACUACGCCAUCCUCGCCGCACGUAUUGCCGUGUCAAACCUGCACAAAGAGACGAAGAAGGUGUUUAGCGACGUGAUGGAGGACCUGUACAACUAUAUCAACCCAUUAAAUAGACGCCACUCUCCCAUGAUCUCCAAGGCGACGCUUGACCUCGUCCUUGAGAACAAAGACCGCCUCAACUCGGCCAUCAUCUUCGACAGAGAUUUCUCCUACAACUUCUUCGGUUUCAAGACUCUGGAGCGGUCCUACCUGUUGAAAAUCAACGGCAAAGUUGCGGAGCGCCCGCAGCAUAUGCUCAUGAGAGUGUCUGUCGGGAUCCACGGGGCGAACAUCGACGCAGCCAUCGAGACGUACAACCUGCUGUCGGAAAAGUGGUUCACCCAUGCGUCCCCUACACUUUUCAAUGCAGGCACCAACAGGCCUCAGCUGUCCAGCUGCUUCCUGCUCGCCAUGAAGGAUGACAGCAUUGAAGGUAUUUACGACACGCUGAAGCAAUGCGCCCUCAUCUCCAAAUCCGCAGGAGGGAUCGGAGUGGCAGUGAGUAACAUUAGAUCAACGGGGAGCUACAUCGCCGGCACCAACGGCAACUCCAACGGGCUCGUCCCCAUGCUGAGAGUUUACAACAACACGGCACGUUAUGUUGACCAGGGCGGCAACAAGAGACCUGGCGCCUUCGCCAUGUACCUGGAGCCCUGGCACUUUGAUGUGUUUGACUUCCUGGAGCUGAAGAAGAACACGGGAAAGGAAGAGCAGAGAGCCAGAGACCUUUUCUACGCCCUGUGGAUCCCCGACCUGUUCAUGAAGAGGGUGGAGAGCAACCAGGACUGGUCCCUGAUGUGUCCCAGCGAGUGCCCCGGGCUGGACGAGUGCUGGGGGGAGGAGUUUGAAAAGCUCUACACCUCCUUUGAGAAGGAGGGUCGGGUGAAGCGUGUGGUAAAGGCUCAGCAACUGUGGCACGCCAUUAUCGAGUCCCAGACAGAAACGGGUACGCCAUACAUGCUGUACAAAGACGCCUGCAACAGGAAGACCAACCACCAGAACCUGGGCACCAUCAAGUCCAGCAACCUGUGCACAGAAAUCGUCGAAUACACCAGCCACGACGAGGUGGCCGUCUGUAAUCUGGCGUCCAUCGCUCUCAACAUGUACGUCACCCCUGAGAGGACAUUUGACUUUAAAAAACUAGCACAAGUCACCAAAGUCAUCGUGAAAAACUUGAACAAGAUCAUCGAAAUUAACUUCUAUCCUGUGCCUGAGGCGGAGAAGUCCAACAAACGCCACCGGCCAAUUGGAAUUGGCGUACAGGGUCUGGCAGACGCCUUCAUCCUAAUGCGUUUCCCGUUUGAAAGCCCCGAGGCUCAGCUGCUGAACACCCAGAUCUUUGAGACCAUUUACUACGCUGCCCUGGAGGCGAGCUGCGAGGAGGCCGCUGAGCUCGGCCCCUACGAGACCUACGAGGGCUCCCCCGUCAGCAAAGGUAUCCUGCAGUACGACAUGUGGGAGAAGACGCCCACCGACCUGCUGGACUGGAAGCUGCUGAAGGAGAAGAUCGCCAAGCACGGCGUGAGGAACAGUCUGCUGCUGGCCCCCAUGCCCACCGCCUCCACCGCACAGAUCCUGGGCAACAAUGAGUCCAUCGAGCCCUAUACCAGCAACAUCUACACCCGCAGAGUGCUCUCCGGAGAGUUCCAGAUCGUCAAUCCCCACCUUCUCAAAGACCUGACAGAGAGGGGGCUUUGGAGUGAGGAGAUGAAGAACCAGCUGAUCGGUCACAACGGCUCCAUUCAGGAAAUUGAUGGGAUUCCAGAUGACAUCAAGCAGCUGUAUAAAACGGUUUGGGAAAUCUCGCAGAAGACUAUACUCAAGAUGGCCGCCGACCGCGGUGCCUUCAUCGACCAGAGCCAGUCCCUGAACAUCCACAUCGCAGAGCCAAACUACGGCAAGCUGACCAGCAUGCACUUCUACGGCUGGAAACAAGGCCUGAAAACAGGGAUGUACUACUUGAGGACGAAGCCGGCUGCGGCGCCUAUCCAGUUCACACUGAACAAGGAGCAGCUGAAGGAGUCACAGGAGCAGCUGAAGGACUCGCCGGAGGUGAAGGAGCGUAACCUCGCUGCCAUGGUGUGCUCUCUGGAGAACAGAGACGACUGCCUGAUGUGUGGAUCCUGAACGCAUCCAGUUCCGCUAACCUGCUGGGACUUGAUCCUGAAUCCUGAUGUUAUACAACACACCUGUAACUACUCCAGAAACUUGAGCAAUUAUCUUUGGAUGCACUGUCAGAAUGUAUAGAAAUGAAUUUUAUUGAAUAGUGUUGUCAACACGCUUUGUCAAAUAUCAAAAGUACUUAACUGCAAAAUGUGGUUUUAUGUUGAAUUUGUAAUAAAUGUUUUACAUGCAA